AUGUCUUCUGAUGGGCGGUUGACUGCUGGCAGCACCUCCAGCUCCAAUAGUAGCUCGUCUUCGGACUCAUCUGCGGCCCCGGACUCCUGCGACGAAAGCUCUGAAGUCUCUGAAGUGAGCCUUGCCGCGCAUGAUGAUGUUUUUGCUGCGGAGCAGAGCAGUUCUGAGGAGGCUGACGGCCCUGUGGAUCACAAAUCAAGCCGCUUGGCAAAGAAGUUGGAAGGAGCUUUGUUUUCGGAGAAACUUGUUGCUGUGUCGGGCCGCGUAGUUUGUGUCAGGUACGCAGGAAGCACAGUGCACUUCUGGACGUUUCCUCACUCGAACAAGCCAGAUGCCAUUACUGCCACGGAUCAUGGCAAGAAAUGCUUGGGCAAGGCUCUGAAGCAGGUGUACGGUGCAGAUUCCAUUGCGUACUACUGCGUUGUGGCAGAGCAGCAUGCCAGCUCUUCACGAAGAUGGGAGAGAACAUGGCAUUGGCAUGCAGUGCUAAAGCUGAGUCGUCGUGUGAAGUGGAAAGCUGUGGCCAAGAACUUGCGGGAGCGUGGCUUUUAUGGCCGCCUGGCUUUGCCACAGUUCCAUGCUGAUAUAUGGCGCAUUCUUCGCUAUGUACUUUGUCCGAGCUUCAAGAAAAGCCAUUCUGAACUCGAUGGCGAUCCUUACUUCUCUUCGACCUUCCCCUUGGAACAGAUGGAAAGCAAGAUGCGUAAGUAUUCGAGUGCUUCUUUCCGGCCAAGUGACAUGUUCAAUGCGCUUCGGAACUUGCGUCCACGGUUGACUUCGUACCAGGAGCUCAUAGAAUGGGCUGAGCAGCAGCGUCAGCGUGGCAAUGGCAAGUUCCAGGAGUUCAUGGCGCGGCAGGGGCCGAAGAUGCAGCCCCUGUUCUUAUCCUGGCAGAUGAUGUUGACAGAGACAACCACGCCCAAACAACGCGAGGAGCGUCUGCGGCUUUGGGCAGCUGCCAGUCAAGAGGCUUGUGUGUGCUAUGAGCCCUCCAGGUUGCGCGAAGCUUUGGACAACUUGUUGGAGCAUCAUGGAAAGAGCAUUGAUUCUGAGCUAGUGGACUUCGAGGAAGCUCUUGCGCGGACUUGCCCUUUGGAGAGCUCGGAGGCUGUUGGCCGGAAGCGGAAAGCCGAGCAUCCACUGGCUUCGACUCCGUCCGAAGCGGCCCCUCCAGUGGCUUCGGAACCAGCUGUGCAUGCGGCGCGACCGCCCUCUCUGCCUCAUUCGUGGUCUGCGGAGUUCGGAGAGCAUCCGACAUCGACGCUUGCGCAGCCGUGGACUCCGCCGGGGUCGCCGGCGGAAGCUUCGUUUGGGGAGUCCUGGCCUGCGUGGACACCGCCGCGGACAGCAGCACCGCUUGAACAUUUGGACGAGGAGCUUGCGCAGCCGUGGACACCGCUAGGCCCACCUCCUACAUCGCCAGAAAAUUCUCGGCUCUUGUCGCCUCAUUGGGAAACGCCGCCGGAGAUCCACGCAGCUUUCCGAUCUCAGAGUGCUCAAGCCGUCUCCAGUUCGCAGAGCGACGCAUUGUCAUCGCCAGUGUGGCGAACACCGCCGGAGAUUCUAGAAGCUUUCAGACAGGGCUUGUAA